UUCAUCAUGUUCUUCUUAAGCUUGUGUACGAAAAUAUGAAGGUUGUCAUUGUUGUACGUCAAUGGGCUAACUUCAUUGGUUCAUUCCCUACACCAUACCAUUCGAGGUGUUAGUGGUAUCCUAAACUUAGGGCCGUUCAUUCACAUACGUACUAGGCAUACAUACAUAUCAUUCUAGUGGAGGUUAGAUUAUUAUUCCUUUCUUGCAAUACAUUCUUUUUUUCCGUAUAUGUUUUAACGAACUUUUAAGUUAUUCGCUACACUUUCUUACAGUAUUUAAUAAGGAUCCACUAUUAUUUCAUUACUAUUCACUCCUAAUAACCCCAUUUGUAUUGAUAUUUUAUCACUCAUCAUGAUUGUUUCUCUUUUACAUACAAUAAAUAUACCCUUACUAAGGUGUCAACAACUAUACUUCAUAUUAUGAACUCUCCUACUUGAUCUCCUCUCUACAAAUUUUCUUAUACUAUGUGCUCAAGCCGCUAUUGCAAAUACCUUUAAAUAGAGGGAGUAGGUCAUAUUCGGUAUUAGAGGUAUCAAGUCAAAUGUUCAGGUUGGGUUAGUUAUUGAAAGUAAUUUAAAUGAUGGGAGAUAUCUGCUUUUAGUUACUACUUUUGUUUGUGAUCUGAGAAACCUUUGUCCCAUAUUUUGGAAGGACAAUGAAUUGAAGUUUUACUUAUGUAGUGAGUUUUAUAAAUGUUAUUUGAAAAGCUCCCAUGGGUAGUGUAGACUAGAAAGGGCAUCCUCAUUUGUGCUACCGCCUAGCCGGUUUGUGUCCAUAUAAUGUGCAUGGUGUAGUCCAUGCCACCGUAGUUCUGAGCAUGAGCACCAAGGGCGAAGUCAGGAAUAAAAAUUUAAGGGGACCAAGACUAGAUAAAGUUAACCCAAAAACCCUCCUUAUUUGACUCCAUAUUGUUAGGAGAAUUGACUUGUCACGUUAAGUUGACACCACAGUUACAUUGGGGUGAAUUUUACUUCUAAGAUAGUAUUUCUAACAUGUCACAACCGUACACAUACAUCAAAAUUUGGCCUAUGUUCCUAAUGAAUCGUUUUCUGAGUGAUUUAGAAUCAUAUUCAGUCAAUUUCAUAGGUAGUCUCAUUCAUGCCAAGUCAAGUCAACUUUUUAUCUAACAAUACUAUAUAUAUUCAGCUAAUAUUUAUGUAAUUUACGUAAAUGUACAUCUGAAUUCAUUCCAAUUGGAUUAAGUUUAUUCAAUGUAAGAUGAGACAAUUGAUCCAUUGAACCUUUGAACGUAUCCAUAAUGUGGAGAAGAAUUGCAUACAUUAAAUGGAUUUAUAGCAAAUAACCAAGAAAUAGUCAUUUUGUUUAGAAAUAUGUGAAUAAAAGGUUAUAAUGAGUAGUCCAGCAGAUGGCCCAAUGUUAAAUUCAUUGGGUAAGGAAGUUGGGCCGAAAGUAUGAACGACAAAAGACCCAACAACGUCAUGGACUGUCCACGCUCCAUUACGCAGUAGCCCGCCGCUCUUUUUCAAGUUUAAUCUCCGCUGAAAGUAUGCUAGUGUGGUUAAAUUGGUCUGCCUUAUCCUAUCCUAAGCUACUAUUUUAGUGAACUGUGUUCCACCCGGUGAAAUUAUUUAAUUAUCUUUCACUAGAUUCACUACUCCGUCUUGUUGGAGACUAACGAUACUAAUUUUUAUGAAGGAAAAUUCUAUUUGAUUCAAUAUUUUAUGUAUUUGUUAACGUUGAAUUUCUAUUGUAGAUGUCGUAUGACUUUUAAUUGAUGAAAUAUUUUUUGCUAUUCAAAAAAAAAAAAAAAAUCACUAUUCCGUAUUAUAAUUUAGAGCUAUCAAGUUGCAUCUAUGUUAUUGAUUAUGGACGGAUAGGAUCACUAUGGACACUUUGGGAGACCCUCACCUUUCUCUCCACCUCCGAAGUGUUUAGGUUGCUAAUUCGGGCGAGAUUGACUUUGUGAAUGGUUUCUACCCUACCGGGCUCUUCAUAUGACUAGUAAGAGAUAGUUUAUCAAGCAACGUUGAAAAUUUUACCCUACACCCUAGUGUAGGGUGUGUUCCCUACACCCCCCCUAUGCUACGUCGUUUUGUAGCUGGUAUUGAGUUCUCAUGUGCAGCUUCUUUCCUUUUGCGAUUCUUUCCUUUUUUUUUUUUUUUUUUUUCCUUUUUUUCUUUUUUUCUUUUCUUCCUCUUUUUUCCUUUUUCCUUUGAUUCUUAUUAUUCAAUUUAUGUAUAUAUAUGAUUUUAAACCCUAUUUUUUCUCUCUCUUCAAUUGAUCAACCAACCUCCAUUUUUGAUCUACAUUUUUCUCUCGCUAAUUCAUCUUCUUCAUUUGAUUUUUUGAACGAAUUCGUUAAUUGUUACCGAUCAUCAAUGGCGAAUUCUGCAUCUGGAGAUUGCGUUGAUUUUGAUCGCGAUUGCGAGCGUGUGUUUCCUUCUGGACUUCGUUUCGUUGAUUCGUUUGUGCAACAAUUGGAAAAAAAUGAUGAUAUUAUGUAUUUAGAAGCAGAACAGUCUGAAUUAAAGGAUAAAGAAUUUAAAUCUGAAGAUGAAGCUUUCGAAGCGUAUAAUGAAUAUGCUUUUAGGAAAGGUUUUGGAAUUCGAAUUGGGAAGAGUAAGAGAAGAAGAGAUGAUUCUUUUUUGAUGAAAAGAUUUGUUUGUUGUAAUGAGGGAUUCAAAGAUAAUAAGUGUAAGAAUAAAAGGAUUUAUGAGAAGUUGGAUCAUCGAACUGGUUGUUUAGCUUUUGUGCAGUUUCAUAUUGAUCAUUUAGGGGUCUAUACAUGUACAAGACAUGAAAUGGUUCAUAAUCAUGCUAUGAUUCCUCCUGAAAAAAGGCAUUUGAUAAGGUCUCAAAGAGAUGUGAAUAAAGAGCAGCUUCUUUUCAUUUCAACAAUGAAAUUGAGUGGAGUCAAAGUUACUGAUUCUUUGAGGGUUCUAAAGAAGGAGGUUGGGGGAUCUCCUAAUCUUUGUUUUACUGCUUCUGAUGCUUAUAAUGCAUUGUCAUCUGAAAAAGCUGCCCAAAUUGAAGGAUGUGAUGGUAACCAAUUGAUUAAAUAUUUUGCCAAGAGACAUGUGGAUGAGACAGAUUUUUAUUAUGAUUUUGAACAAGAUGAUAGUGGUGCUUUAGUUAGUUUUUUUUGGCGUGAUGGUAGGAUGAUGAGAGAUUAUCAUUACUUUGGAGAUUUGUUGGUUUUUGAUACAACUUAUAGAACUAAUAAAUAUGGAAUGAUAUGUGCUCCAUUUGUUGGGAUGAACCAUCAUGGUAACAAUGUCAUGUUUGGUAUGGGUUUUAUUCUUAAUGAGCGCACCGAGUCUUUUGAUUGGUUGUUUGAUACAUUUUUGCACUCAAUGGGGAGGAAAAGUCCCAUUACAAUUAUGACUGAUCAAGCACAAGCGAUUGCAGCGGGUAUAAGAAACAUUUUUCCUUCAACUGUUCAUCAUCGUUUAUGUGUAUGGCAUCUUGAACAAAAUUCUAAGAAACACAUUGGAGCAUUGAGAGCUUUGGAAGGCUUUACAGAUUUGUUUGGAUAUCUUUUGAAGUAUUGUGAAACUCCUGCUGAAUUUGAAUAUUUCUGGAAAAGGAUGUGUGAUAAAUACAAAUGUGAAAAUGAUGAUUGGUUAUGUGAUUUGUAUAAAAUAAAGGAAAUGUGGUGUCCUGCUUAUUCUAAGAAGUAUUGGUCUGGUGGUAUAUUGUCUUCUCAACGUAGUGAAACUACUAAUAAGUCAGUUUCACAACGUCUUAAUAAGACUCAAGGUUUAUGUGAUUUUUAUCAUGUUUUUCUUGAUGUCAUUUCUGAGUGGAGAAGUAAGGAAGGUGCAAGAGAUUACAAUACUCUGAGGGGUAAUAGGCACCUAGCUUUUGCUAAUAUUGGUAUAUUAGUUCAUGCAAGAUCAUUGUACACUAUUCAAGCUUAUGUUCUUUUUGAAGAGGAGUUCAUUAGGGGGACAGCUUAUGAUCAUGUUGAUAAUGGUUUGCGUUUUCCAGAAUAUUCAUAUCUUCUUUGGAGGCCUGGGAAGGAUAUAAUUAAGCAUGAAGUUGUUUUUAAUAAGGAAACACAUGCAAUUUGUUGCACAUGCAUGUACUUUAGUGAGACUGGUUUACUUUGUUCUCAUUCUCUUCGAGUAUAUCAUUUGCAUUGUGUGCGUAAUAUUCCACAAGAGUAUAUAAUGAAACGAUGGACAAAGGCUGCCAUGUGUAGUCAUGGUAUUGAAGAACCUACUUUGAGGACAAAUGUUGUGGCUACUAGUGUUUGGAGGUCACAAACAAUCAGAAAGUUUGUUAAGUUGAUAACAAGUUGUCAGAAUUCUUUGAAUGCAAGGGCAGAGGUUGAGUGUUAUUUCAAUCUGUUAAAAGAAAAGGUUGAGAGUGUAUCAGGUGUAAUUGACUUUAGUGAACCUGUUAAAGAGGUUGAAAUUGUUGAUCUUGAGAUCAAGAAUCCUCCAAAAGCUAGGCCUAAAGGUGAGAGGAAUGUAAGGCCUAAGAGUACCUUGGAGAAGCAGUGUAACAAGGCAAAGGGUAAUUUCAAGAGGAAAAAGUCUCUGUACACUCCUUACAAAAGGGGUAUAGGGCAAGCAGUUGUACAGGAACUUGAUGAGAACGGUUGUGCUGUUACUUAUGCUAAUUCUAUUAGUGAUCCCAUUGAAUUGAUUGUUUUGAGCAAUAAACGGGCUCAGGUCGGCUUAAAAUCAGCUGUUGUAGAAGAAAUUCCUUCUAGUUCUAAGGAAUCAAAUCAUAGUAUUUCCAAUGAUUUUGAUCAGGCUACUGGUGAAAGCUCUCUUUCAUCUAUCAUAUCUAUUGAUGUUGAUAUUUCAUCUAUUGCUAAGGCGAAGGAUUUAAAUCUUGAAGGUGUUUCUGCUGUUCAACCUUGUUCUAAUUUUGGUGCAAAUGAAGGUGCUUCUGGUGUUAAAACUUACUCUCAAAUUAAUCCAAGAGUUCCAAUUCAUACUAGUGCGUCAACAAAAUCUCCUGUUGUUAUUCAACCUACUGUUCCCAGGAAUGUUCAAAAUCAAACUCAGAAUUGUUCAAACACCAAUCCAGAAAUGAUCAUAUCCAACUCCAGGAAUGUUCAAUCAACAAAUGUUCAAGUUAUUUCUCCUACGGUUCAAAUAAAUGAUCAAGGAUUUCCUGUUCAGAAUGUUCAAGUUACUCCUCCCACAGUUCAAAGAAAUGAUCAAGGUGCUCGUGUUCCAAUUCUUCAAUCAAGAAAUGUUCAAUUAGGUUCUAAAAAGAUUUCUUCUAAAUAUGAUAGGUUGUUAGCCUUUUUUGAUACAAGUGUAGCUAAACGUUUGGCUAAUAAAGAUAAAUAAUUAGUAUUCCAGAACUUUAUAAA